AUGACGUCAAAUGGCAAAGGGCUCCAUAACGGUGACACAGUGUCAAUAGAAGUUAAUAAGCGGGCACAAGGGAUAGUGGCAAGAAUGGCAAGGACCUACCUAAGAGCAGUAAAGGAAAGUCAGGAGCGAUCGACAGUGUCCGCUACUAAGUCUGGUCUGCCUAGACUGGAGUCAUUAGAGAGAGUGUCUCAAAUUCCCAUAGUGGAAUCCGGCAUAGGUGUGACCGAAAAGAUUUAUACAAGAAUACGGGAGUCAAACGCCCUUAUCCGCUGGUACUUCACCCUAGGUGAAAAAUCCCUAGGCAUCGGAGUUCAACUCGCGUUACCAGCUGUCCAACUGCUAGAGACUCCCAUCCACCAGCUGGAUAGAUUUCUCUGCAAAAGUCUUGAUGUUGUCGAAAAACAAGUACCCUCCAUAUAUCUACCGCCGCAGGCCAUCUAUACAGAAACUCGUCGGUUCGUCAUACGACGCGCAGAUUCCGUCAAGCAGCUUGGUACAGCAGUGCUUGACUCCAGGGUGACAGCGGUCACUGCUACAGCCCUGGACCGGGCUCUGACCACGGCUGACAAGUAUGUCGACAAGUACUUGCCACCUGAUCAACAGGAUGCUUCUGAUGUAGUGGUGAUCAUAGUGACAAGCGCGGAGUCUGUAGAGAGCGGCGACGGAUCUGGGCGGGCGAGGGCGGAGCAGGCUUUGCAACAUGGCGCCAGAUUCGGGAGGAAACUGCAGCGACGACUUACCAGACAGGCUCUGGCCGAAGCCAAGGCUAUUAAGGAGCAGAUUCAUGUGCUGGUGUAUGUCGCUGAGUUGGUCGCCAAGGACCCAGUACUUGCCUGGAAAAAGGCAAAAGAGUUGUACGCUGCCCUCUCACAAUCAGAACCGGAGAACCAAGCCAGGCCAGCCACCUUGGAAGAACUGGUGGUCCUUCUUGCCAGAGAAACCGCCAGGAAGGUCGUACACCUGAUCAAUUACACACAUUCCGAUCUUCCAAAAAAUGUCCGCCAAGGUCUGUCAGUGGUAACUAGCCACUUGUCAGCCGCCGCUGAUGCUCUUUUAAAGAAAACCCCCGUUGAAAACGCCAUCUCUGAAGUGAGGACUUGGAGCAUUAAACUGACAACCCUUUUACAGCAGCUACAGGAUUCUUCCAAAUCGUACCUUGAACACUUGGCUAUGUUUUUGGCUGGCAAUGAAGAGCGAGAGAAAAUUACACCGCGCUCUGUGUUCCAGCAACGCGACGACUUGGCGGCAUUCAAUGGUGUUAACUAG